UUUAUUGUAGAAAGGGUCCAUACAAAACCAAUUGCCGGGUGUCAUUUUUUUUUUAUUUUUAUUUUAUUUUAUUUUUUGGUGUCAUUUCUAUUUCUCCGUUAUUUCACAUUUUCACAUUUUCGCUGCCUCACUGAGUCACUCCACAGACUGCACCCUCCUCUCCCCCCCCCAUUUCUCUCUCCUCCAUUGAAGCGCACUCUGAGUCCUCCAUUGAAGAGCACUGUGAAUCCUCCAUUGAAUCAGCUUCCGACUUUUCUCUCCUCCACUGAACAUUCUGAGGGAAAGUCCAUGACUCCAUUUUUUGAGCCGAGACCUCCUUCCCUUGCUCAGGGACGGGCCUGGCCGACGCCGGAGGAAGAGAGGUUGAAAAUACGUGACAUUUCAUUGGCCGCCGAAGCCCAAAGCAAAGAGGGCGAUACUUUCUAUAUCAUCACUCAACGAUGGUGGCAAAACUGGCUUGACUAUGUUAAUCAAGAUCAAUUGAAUGAUGGACUCUCUCCGCACAGUUUAAACUCUGCAGAUGCUUGUGUAUCAAAGAGACCAUCCAAUAUUGAUAAUAAAGUUCUGAUAUAUGAAUCUACCACCAGCGAUUGCAGUGCAGCGGAACUUCAUGACACUUUGGUGGAAGGACGUGAUUAUGUCUUGUUGCCAGAGGAAGUCUGGAAUCAGCUUUAUUCUUGGUAUGGAGGGGGACCAACAUUGGCGAGAAAAGUUAUCAAUAUUGGUCUUAGUCAAAUGGAAUUAGCUGUAGAAGUGUAUCCUUUGCACCUUGAGCUACUUCUAACACCAAAAGGCGAUCGAUCUACCAUAAGAAUAAGCAAAAAGGAAACCAUUAGGGAGCUUUACAGACGAGUUUGUGAGAUUUUUGACCUUGACCCUGAGCAAAUUCGCAUUUAUGACUUUUACGGGCAGAAGAAACAUGCAUUACCGAUGGAUCUGGACAAAACACUUGAUGAUGCUAACAUACAGAUGGAUCAGGAAAUUCUUGUGGAGGCGAAUAUGACAAAUUAUGUAAAGAACAAUGAUCCUGUGGGGAAACAAUCAAAUUCUUUUCUUUUAGAGCCCUCAAAGUCAGGCUUAUCAAUUGCCGGAGGUUUGUCUGCGACAAAAGGUGUAUCUAAAAUCGGCAAUAUGGAUCUCUCACAAGUUCAGAAUCAGGUUUCCCCGCAUCGGGAAUCGAACAAUGCUCAAGAGUCAAGUGGUGUUACCACAAGAAGUGCUACCGCAGGGCUCACUGGGCUACUUAAUCUUGGAAAUACUUGUUAUAUGAAUAGCGCUAUACAAUGCCUUGUUCAUACACCAGAAUUUGCUAGAUAUUUCAGGGAAGAUUAUCGCGGAGAAAUUAACUGGCAGAAUCCAAUGGGCAUGGUUGGAGAGCUGGCUCUUUCAUUUGGUGAAUUACUUAGAAAAAUUUGGGCUGCUGGACGAACACCAAUUGCUCCUCGGCCUUUUAAAACAAAGCUGGCUCGCUUUGCCCCUCAGUUCAGUGGAUAUAACCAGCAUGAUUCACAGGAACUCUUGGCUUUUCUAUUGGAUGGGUUACAUGAAGACUUGAAUCGUGUUAAAGAUAAACCUUACAUACUUUCUAAGGAUGCAAAUGGAAGACCUGAUGAAGAAGUUGCUGAUGAAUACUGGGCAAACCAUAAAGCUCGUAAUGAUUCCAUUAUUGUUGAUGUAUGCCAGGGCCAAUACAAGUCGACUCUGGUAUGUCCUGUGUGUGCAAAAGUUUCGGUGACAUUUGAUCCUUUCAUGUAUCUUUCGUUGCCUCUCCAGUCUACUGCUACACGCCCUUUGACUGUAACUAUCUUUAGCAGUGAUGGAAGUCUACUGCCUAAUGUGUGCACUGUGACUAUUCCAAAGCAAGGACGAUGUAGGGAUUUGAUCCAAGCAUUAAGUGCCGUUUGUUCUUUAAAGCCUCAUGAGAAGCUUCUACUCGCAGAGAUACAGAAUCACUUGAUCCAUCUAUUCUUUGAAGAUCCCUUGACAUCAUUGUCCAGCAUUAAAGAUGAGGAUCACCUUGCUGCAUACAGGAUCCCUCAGCCUGCAAAGGGAAUAAUAUUUCUUCAGCUUAUACACCGUCUUGAAGACAAGGAGACAGUUAAUGCUCAGACUGUGAAGGGAUGGAAGCCUUAUGGAACCCCACUUGUUUCACCUAUCUCAUGUGAUGAUGUAACAACAAGGGGUGAUGUUCAAUCAAUGGUUCGGACUAUGCUAUCUCCGUUAUUAAAGCAUAGAGAAAAAUAUGAUGUGUCAGAAAAUGGCAUUUCAUCAGCAGUUGAACCACCUUCUGAAUCGUCAUCAUGGACAGAAAGAAUCAAUGAUGCAACUCACGGAACAGGGAAAUUGCCCCUUCACUUGGUAGAUGAAAAUAAUGUAUGCAUUGAUCUAUCUGUAGGAGAAGUGAAACCUAUCAAAAUCUCUUCAUCAUCAAAAUCUCUGCUAGUGUUCAUUAAUUGGUCAAAAGAACUUCUUGAGGAAUAUGAUACAUCUUACUUGGAAAGUUUGCCUGAAGUCUGCAAGAAUGGACUUCCAACAAAGAAAGCUCGUACUGAACCUUUAUCCUUGUAUAGCUGCUUGGAAGCUUUUCUCCGUGAAGAGCCUUUGGUCUCUGAACCUGAUAUGUGGAAAUGUCCUCAGUGUAAAGAGCGGCGACAGGCAAGCAAGAAGCUGGAUUUGUGGAGGCUUCCAAAGGUUCUAGUUAUCCAUCUAAAACGGUUCUCAUAUAAUAGGUCAAUCAAGCACAAGUUGGAUACAUUUGUCAACUUCCCUAUAUAUGAUCUUGACAUUACGAAGUACAUAGCAAACAAGAACAAUUCUGAUCAUCAGCUUUAUGAACUGUAUGCUUUAAUCAACCACUAUGGGAGCAUGGGUAGUGGGCACUAUACUGCACACAUCAAGCUCCUAGAUGAGAACAGGUGGUAUAGCUUUGACGAUAACCAUAUAUCGGCUAUUGGUGAAGAUGAGGUGAAGACUAAUGCUGCAUAUGUACUAUUCUACCGAAGAAAGAAAGAAGAUGCUUCUGAAAACAUUUAAAUAUUUUUGAUUGCAUAAUCAAACUUAUUAACAUGAUGAAUGUACUUAUAAUUAUUAUUACUAUAAUUAAUACUAUUACAUUAUUAGGUUAUUAUUAGU